CAUGGGGCACGGGGGGCGCCGGGCACCGGGACCCCUCUCCGAGUGGGGCCCUGAGCGGGGCCUGGUCGCGGCAGCUCGAUUCUGGUGCUUGGGCGUGUCCCCGUUGGUGGUGGCCGUUUCUCCGUACAGGGGAUUGGCAGGCCGGAGGCUCCCCGGAGAGUAGGGGCCCCUAUAGCACCCAAUGCUGCCGAGCUGGGCCUUUCCCGAUCCGUGAUGAGGAGCGACAUUCGCGGUGGGGCUGCCCCGUUAAAGGGCUGGUAACAUGCGCUUAGUUGCCACCCUUGCAUCACUUGCUGAAAACGCGUGAGCUGAAGUUCUUGGAACGCUUUUCAUGCUAGUUUUUUUGUGUUCAUUGUAACCCUUGGACAUUUUCAGUUUAAUUCACGAAUAGUAAGAUAGUAACCCUGAAGUAGUCAAGAUGAUGGAUAUAUGAUCAUCGAAUUGGGAUAAUCAGAUGUUGAGAGAGAAGGGAUGCGGAAUCGUAGCCUCGAGAUAACCUCUGCGGAAAGGUUUUUUAAGGACUUAAAACUGUUGUUUAAAUUUUGAGUACAGUUAAUAAUGGGAAGAGAGGUGAGCUAUUCUGCUUUUARUGCUGUUCAUGUUUGUGUAUGACUGUCCAUAGCUGGGUAAAGUGAAGCUUUAAAGGAGAUUUUCAUGAAAAGUACUAUAUUGUUAAAUGUUAUUAUCAACAUUAUCAAUUGUGCUGCUUUAAAACAAACUGCUGAUAGGCUUUUUGGGCUCUUAGCUCCUAAAACCUGUAUUACACAUGAAUGUUUCAGAAAAUGUUAAUGGCUCUAUUUCAGAUAUGGCUAAAUGUUUCCUUAAUGAAAUACCAGGUACUGUUGCAGUAAUUACUUCUGAUGGAAGAAUGAUUGUGGGAACGCUCAAAGGUUUUGAUCAGACUAUAAACUUAAUUUUGGAUGAAAGCCAUGAACGAGUGUUCAGUUCUUCACAAGGAGUUGAGCAAGUGGUGCUGGGAUUAUACAUUGUAAGAGGUGAUAACGUUGCUGUAAUUGGUGAAAUUGAUGAAGAGACAGAUUCAGCUCUUGACUUGGGGAAUAUUCGAGCAGAACCUUUAAACUCAGUUGUGCAUUGAAGAGAUGAAAAUGCACAGGGACUUUGUAAAUCUUCGGUUGUACAGACCUAUUUAGCAACRUGGACAGUUUUUACAGAUUGUGUUUAAUUAGUUUAGUCACCAUUUUUUUAUUAUGAAUAUAUUGUAGUUUCGCAUGUAAAUUAAAGUUUCUACAUUUUGCUAAASAUACUUUCAUUGAAUUUCUUUUGGGAUUUCAUGCUGCAUAAUUUUACUGGGAAAUGCAAUCAGUAUCAGUCCCUGAUACUGUGUAUAUAUACCUUGUUCUUAAAAUAAGAUCUUAUUCCUAAAGGUAAACCAAGGUCUUUCCUAUUAACCCAGGAUUAUUUGAAAGUAGAUGUGUAAUAGUCGGUUUAACCAUCUCUAAAUGUAGUUCUGGUUGUAAGUAAAAAAUGGUAAUUGGGUUUUUUUGUGUAUGUUUGUAGUGUAGAAAGGAGGAAGGUUUCACAGUCAAAUUAAUGACUUUMGCAUAUAAUACUUUUUUUGUUGUUUAUCAGACCUUGUUACUCAGUCCCCAAGACUAUACUGGAGGUGCAGGAGUUUGUGAUGCCUUAAUCCUUGCAGACAAAUUGGAGAAACAGRAUUUUGAGCAGGAACACAAAAAAAACAAGUGCACACAUUUAUUUAAAACCCACCAAGUUCCAGACCAACUCAUUCUCUAUGUUCACCUUUCAGCAGCUGUUGUGUUGCUCAAAAUUUGGGCAAGAUCUACAGAAAGAGAAUUGUGUGUUUACUAAUGUGUAACCGUUGUCUGAGAAUGUAGCUUAGAAGACACAGAUGUACUUUAGGUAAAUUAAUUUUGAACAAAAUUUACCUUAAUAUUGAAUAUAAGGAUUCCAUGUAACAGUGAUCAUACCUGUAGACCUGUUACACAUCAGGAACAGCCAAGCUGAGGGAGAUAAGCUCUGCAGUGUCGUGUUUUAGGCCACAUCCUAUUCACUACCCAGUAAAAAUGCUGGCACGGGGCAAGAGGAAGUCUAUUCUUGAGCAAAGCUGUUUUAUUCUCCAGUGUCCCACAGGUCCAGUGUUUUUCCCCUGUAUAUAAAUAUGCUGUCAGAAAUAAUAAGGAAUUUUAAUGUGUAUAUUUGGGGGUUUUACACUGAUACUAUUAAGUGGGAUUUGAUACUUUUCAUUGCAAGCUCACUGUUUAGAAACCAAAUACACUGAACUGAAAAUAUUUGUUC